AUGACUAGUACUGCCAACCCCCAGCCCAACUUCAACUUUGACGACCCGGGCAAGGCGGUUCUAAAACCAUCCAAACUAGCUCAUGUCGUUCUUCGCACCAACAAUUUCCUUCGUCUCUCUUCCUAUUAUCAGACCUUCCUCCAAGCCCACAUAAACUUCGAAAAUGACUUCAUGCACCUUCUGUCCUACGACGAUGAGCACCAUCGCAUUGGCAUCGUCCAAAUGGACAUCGCAAACAAAGACACUAAAACCUGUGGUCUCGAACACAUUGCCUUUUCAUAUUCUUCCCUGUUAGAGCUCGCCAUGUCGUAUUUACAACGCAAGGAGAACGGCAUCGAGCCAUUCUGGUGCAUCAACCAUGGCCCCACGACAAGUUUGUAUUAUCAUGACCCUGAUGGCAAUAUCCUUGAGCUUCAAGUUGAGAACUUUGAUACCCUUCAAGAGGCUGCUGAUUACAUGCUGUCGGAGGCGUAUCUGAUGAAUCCAAUUGGUGUGGAUUUUGAAAUGGAGGAUCUGAUCAAACGGAUCAAAAGUGGCGAAAGUGAGGAGAGCUUGAAGAAGAGGCCCGCUAGUGGACCAAGAAGUCUAAAUACUGUCCCAUCUUGA